AUGAAGGUCUCCCCGGCACAGACCCUUCGGCCCCGCCCGGCCCCGCAGCCCCGGGGCGCAGCAGCUGAUCCGGCCCCGCCCGGCUCCCGAACCAGGGGCUCUGGGAAAUGCAGCGCCUGCGAGCUCCGCCUCUGCGCAUGCGGGACCCCCCCCCCAACCCCGCGAUCUGCGCAUGCCCGGAGCCGGGAAACAUGGCGGGGCGGGGUCACAUCUCUCCCUGCACUCCUCUCUGUGGGCGGGGCAAAGACAAGGGCUCGAGUUGCACGAAACCCUCCUCCGCCUCCGGGAGAGGCUCCAGCGGCCGCGCGCGAGCCAGGCAGAGCCGCAGCGCCCCGCGCGCCUUCCCAGACCGCCUCGUUAUCCCCUUUUACGUCACUUCCGUUCCCGGGAGAGUCAAGAACUACAUCUCCCAGCCUGCCCCGGGAGGCGCUUCCGCCCUCUGCAGCGCAGGGGCUGGUGACCUUCGAGGAGGUGGCUGUGUAUUUCACUAGGGAAGAGUGGGCUCUGCUGGACCCCGCUCAGAGAGCCCUCUACAGAGACGUCAUGCAGGAGAACUAUGAGAAUGUGACCUCGCUGGCAGGGUUUCCAGUAUCCAAACCUGAUGUGAUCUCCCAGGUGGAACAAGGGGAAGAGUCAUGGGUCCCAGACCUCCAGGGUUCAGAGGAAAGAGAGAUCCUGAGAGCACCCUACACAGGAGGUGAAGCAAUGGUAUGUGAGAAAGAGGAGCAGAAUUCUCAGCAGGAAGAUGCUGGGCAAGUGGAUAAACACAGAGAAUUAUCACAAAGAUUGAAAAGGAAUGUGUCCAGGAGUAAUGAGCAGGGAAAAUCCUGUGAGAUUCAGCACCGACCAGAGAGAGAGGAGAGAAACCAGCCAGGGGAGAAAGUGGAUAAAUGUAUUUCCUGUCAGGGAACUCAGAAGGACAUCAAGGAAACCACAACCCAGCAGGAAAUCCUCAGGGGAAAGAGGAAACAUACAUGCACUGACUGUGGGAAAAACUUAUGUGACAACUCAGCCCUUAUAAAGCAUCAGAGAAUCCACACAGGUGAGAAACCCUAUGAAUGCACUGAGUGUGGGAAAAACUUCACUAACAGAUCAGCCCUUCUUAAUCAUCAGAGAAUCCACACAGGGGAGAGGCCCUAUGAAUGCGGUGAGUGUGGAAAAUGCUUCACUAAGAGCUCAGCCCUUUCUGAACAUCAGAGAAUCCACACAGGGGAGAGGCCCUAUGAAUGCCGUGAGUGUGGGAAAAGCUUCACUCACAGAUCAGGCGUUUUCCUCCAUCAGAGAAUCCACACAGGGGAGAGGCCCUACGAAUGCGGUGAGUGUGGGAAAAACUUCACUAGCAGCUCAGCCCUUUCUGAACAUCAGAGAAUCCACACAGGGGAGAGGCCCUACGAAUGCCGUGAGUGUGGGAAAAACUUCACUCAGAGAUCAGGCCUUUUUCUCCAUCAGAGAAUCCACACAGGGGAGAGGCCCUAUGAAUGCCGUGAGUGUGGGAAAACCUUCAAUCGUAGCUCACACCUUAUUAGGCAUCAGAGAAUCCAUACAGGGGAGAGGCCUUAUGAAUGCAGUGAGUGUGGGGAAAGCUUCACUAACAUCUCAGCCCUUUCUGAACAUCAGAGACUCCACACAGGGGAGAGGCCCUACGAAUGCCGUGAGUGUGGGAAAAACUUCACUCGCAGAUCAGGUCUUCUUCAACAUCAGAGAAUCCACACAGGGGAGAGGCCCUAUAAAUGCAAUGAGUGUGGGAAAAGUUUCACUAGCAAAUCAGCCCUUUCUGAACAUCAGAGACUCCACACAGGGGAGAGGCCCUAUGAAUGCAGUGAGUGUGGGAAAAACUUCACUCACAGAUCAGGCCUUUCUGAACAUCAGAGAAUCCACACAGGAGAGAGACCCUUUGAAUGCCGUGAGUGUGGAAAAUGCUUCACUAACACCUCAGCCCUUUCUAAACAUCAGAGAAUCCACACAGGAGAGAGGCCGUAUGAAUGCAGUGAGUGUGGGAAAACCUUCAUUCGCAGCUCGCACCUUAUUAGGCAUCAGAGAAUCCACAUGGGAGAGAGGCCCUGUGAAUGCAGUGAGUGUGGGGAAAGCUUCACUCACAUCUCAGCCCUUUCUGAACAUCAGAGACUCCAUACAGGGGAGAGGCCCUAUGAAUGACGUGAGUGUGGGAAUACCUUCUCUUGGCACUAAGCCCAUGUUGGCUAUCAGAGAAUCUGCACGGGAGAUCAAUACCAUAAAAACCUCUAGGGCUAUCCGUACUUUUUUUUUCUUUCAUACUUUUCCUGAUUCCCACAUAAUAACUUUUAAAGCUGCUUGAACUGUUUGCAGCCCCAUUUUCCCUUAGUUUGUCUAGAUGAGGGGCCCAUUUUUGCCUUUUGCAGUUUGCCCUGUUCUGAGGUGGACCCAUUUGUCCUUUCUAUCACUUCCAUUGUCUCAUGAGUAAUUUGAGUAUGCCCUUCCUAUCAGGAACCAGGGAGCAUCACAUUUAUAGCAUUCCUCUUAUUGCAAAGUUAUUGUUAGUCACCGAUGAUACAGAUUGUAUCAUUGCCAGUUCUUCUCACGUUGCUCUGGGUUGUGCUGAAGAGCAGUUAUAUUGGGAACUUUUCAAGUUAUAUUUAAAUGAAGAGGAGCAGUGGCAGGGAAAAAAGUGUCCUUUCAGCCUCUGACACUGGAAGGAGACGGGGUGACUCAGAGAUUCCCUCCUUCCCCAUCACUGCAGAACUGUUACCUCCUGUCUGAGCCAUGCAGAGUUUAUCUUCAUCGCGUUCUAUCGCUCGACGUCUCAAAGUGUCAUGUGAUGAAGCGUUCUCAGUUGUCUGUGCUUGGAGAUGAUACUUUGGCUUCUUUAAUCCUAUAUUGGAGUCACUAUGACUGGAGGUGAAAGUGUCAAAGACCUAGAAGGGGAAUUCAAAUAGAUCCCAAACACAGUGUGAUCAUCUGGAGUUUAAAUCCUAGGUUCCAUCUAUUGGUAAAGUCACUUCUGGCAAGGUGGCUGUUUUGUCUCCCAUUAUGGGGAUGCUAGGAUACUAAAAUUUUGUAAAUAACAUAGCUGACUAUUGAGACAGUCUGAGUGAAGCUGAUUUGAAUGGAUCAGAGGAGAAUGUGAUGGGAGAAUCUCCUGUCCUGAUUCUGAAUAAUCAGAUGUAACCUGCCCUGAAAUUUCACUUGACACGUUCAUUGUCAUGUAUUCUAUCUCUCUGUGACAUGGCUUUUUAUCUUUCCUGAAGAGUGUUUGGUCACCCAGUUGGAUACUAGUUCUGUUUGAUAGGAUGUAGCUCAGAUUUAUUGGAGAAUUUAAGACAAAUGGCCAUUUGCUAAAGUCAUAAUUUCUCACUUCAGCUUUGCUUUUUCCGCAUCCCUCCAUGAUGACAUGGAGACCGUUCAAGUGCAGUUCUGUCAACAGGAGAGAACUCUCCAAUUUACUGACAUGCUAACAAAGAAACAGUAGUGAUUUAAAAUCUCCAAUCAGAAAUUUAAAGAAAAACUGGGCAUGUUUCUGGAAGUCAUUCUUUACUAACACUGCUGAGAUUUUGAGUGGUUUUGUAAAGGAUUCUACUUCAGAGAAAUGUAAAUUUACCCUAACCAAGGCCAAGGAUUUGAAAAGAACUGGGGUUGAAAGAAUACACACUCAGUUCUUGGUUUCCACCCCAGUAAAGGAAGCUCUGGUGACCAAUGACCCCAGGAAAAUUGUUUGUACCACUCCACUUACUAGUUCAGUGUUGCUGAUUACCGUUCCAAAGGAUGCCAGGGUUCGAACAACCUGAGAACAAUCACCAUUUGGGAUCCAAGGGGAAGGAAUGUCCUAUGAAGCACUCAGUCUUUGGAUCCAAACUGGCUGCCUGAGUGGGUAACAAGGACUUUCAGGCUGCAGAAAUGAUGAUAACCAAUGAGGCAACGAAUGUGUCAGUCUCCAUUUUCAGACUUCUGGAUACACACAUGCUGAGUCCUGAUUCUGUGGUUUUGUGUCUGAUGCGAUGGAUACACAAUACAGCUGAUGUUGGUGCAGCAUUGUUAUUACGGAUGCUCUCAGCCAGCGGGAGAGAUCUCUCCCACUAUUGGACUUUAUUAGCCACCGCCGCUUGUGUGGGGUGGACUGUGUUGGCAGGAGAAGCGCUCCUGCUGACGUAAUGCCAUCUACACGGGGGCCUAGGGCUGUGUAACUACGCUGCUCAGCUGUAUUGAUUUUUCGCUCCUGUGAGCAAUAUAGUUACACUGAUCAAUGUCUUUAGUGUAGACCAGACAGUUUCUCUUGUGUUUUAUGCAUUUACAUCACUUCUCCUCUACCUCCUCCUACUUUGAAACAUUAACAAGUUUGAAAAGAGAGAUUCUUCCUCAUGAUGCAAACAUUCCCACCUAGGAGACCCCUUCCACCAAGACACAUGGCAGAAGAACCAAAGAUAUAUGAACUUAUAGCAGUGGUUGGGACCAACGUUGGGCCAGACCACAACUUGAGCCAAGGUUCAGUUGUUGGCAAUGGGGAUUAAAAGAAAACUAACAUAUAUGACAAGAAUUUGUGAUCUUUGAAUAUAUUCGUGUUACCACUGAAAAUGAAAUUAUAGAUGAAGUUAUUGGUUAAAGAAUAAGAGGCUCAUGAUAAUCUGAAUUAUUUUGGAAAACUGAAAGUUGUCUUGUUUUUUGUUUUGUUAGUUGUACAGGAAAUGAUUUCUUAUCUUGAAAAGUUAAUUUGAUUUAAUUUACCCCCUGUAGUAUAAGGAAUUCUGGUAGAAAACCUCACUCCAAAGGUUAGGGUGGGAGAAUGUGUGUGAAAAAGAGUGUAUAAGAGAAUAUUGGCCCAAUGAAAACUAUUUGCAGAGACAAGUUGUAUAAUUUUUUUACCUGCUUAGACUGUAAGGGUCACUGACUUCCCCACUUCUCUAAUUUGCAAAGGAGAGGCAUGACAUCUGUCAUAGGAUGUGACCAGCAGGUGGGAAAACUUCAAUCAUCAACCAUCAGUAUUAAGGAAAAGGUUGAAGUCCAUUGCCUUUUAUAUCAAAAAGCCAUCUAAAGGCUCGUCUACGCUGAAAAGCUAUGUUGACAUGGCCACAUCUGUCAGGAGUGUGAAAAAUCCACUCUGCUGAGAGAAGUAGUUAAUGUGACCUUAGACCCAGUGAAGACAAUGUUAGAUUCUUAGAGUACUUCCAGUGUUUGAAGUGUAGACAUAGCCUUAGACAGAGUGAUCUCCUAUGGGAAGCGAGUCAUGACAUCAAUUCUAAUUUUGACUCAUCUCACUAUAUGUGAGAAAGCUGCUAGCAUGGAGGGCUGAACCAGCUGUCCCAUUGCCUGGUUCCUCAACUGUAGCUACAGUUCUUAGAACCCAUCAGUCCAAAGACUGAGAGAAAUAGAGUUCCAACCAUUGCCAUUUUAGUAUCUUAUUGUUCCCUUCUCUAUUUUUUGUGCUGGCCUUUCUAUUAUAUCAGGGAGUGACGGUAUAGCUCAGUGCUUGAGAGACAAAAACUCAUUGGGGCCGAUUGCCAAAUGGGUCACUGUUGUUCACAAGCAACUUCUGUAUCAGACCUGAGAAACUUGCUGUACCUAAUACACUGAUUUUAUGAUAUUUAUCCAGGAAGCAUAGCAGUGAGAUCUCUACUGAAAGCUUGUUAAUUACUGAUACUCCUAAUCACUGAGAGAGGUGUGUAUGAGCCAUAUUGAAGAAGUAAUGUAAGUGCACGGAAAAUGGUAUUGUCAUGAAAGUGAGUCACUCCAAUCAUUGGUCUUGUGGGGGACGGCCCAUUCCAGUGGGAGGGAAUUGUCACCCCUCCCUUGCUAGCUAAUUAUGCAACGUAUUGCUCCAUUGUCAACCUUUACACCAACCCAGAAAAGCCAAUGGAAAACUAUGAAAGCCAAACUGUAGACAUCAAAACCCUGUGGAAGUGAAAAGGCUAAUAUGACAAUGAGGAAAUCAUCCUUUCUGCAAAUAAAGACAAAAGACUGCUUCAGUUUAUGACAAAAGAGAUCCAUAACAACCAGUGGUUCUUCAUGAAAGGCAGGGCCAUGGCUCCUAGGGACUAGCAAUCACUGCAAUAGACUGAAAUGUGAGGUGAGAAUCUACUUAGAUCGGGAAAGGUAACUAUUAAAAAGUGUAGGUUGCAUUUUGUGAUUUUUGUUUUGUUGGUAACGAUUGGUUUCUGUCACUCUCAUUUGUUUCUGUUUAAAUCUCUCUCUCUUGUUAAAUACAUUUCUGUUUGUUCAAUAACUGUACUCAAGUGCUGUGUGUGAUAUGGUAGCAGUGAUCUACAGUAAAACUGGUAA